AUGGGAAAAAUAGGCACUGACCCCGAAGAAGGGAUAACAAUGUUGUUUGUAUUACCAGAAAUUAAAAAUAUACUGAGGACUGGAUCAACGUUUUUGAUGGAUGGUACAUUUGCUGCUGCUCCAUCAUUUAACCGGGAGUGUCAACAGCUAUAUGUUAUAAUGGGUAUAACAUUCAACACCGGAUUCCCAAUUGCAUUUGCUUUGAUGUCAAGAAAGACAGCGAGGGCUUACAAUGCCUUAUUUAAAUGGCUAUUAGAAAUUGAGCCACAGUGGACACCACAAACAAUUAUUGUAGAUUUUGAGAGAGCUGCAAUGGUGUCAUUGAAAACAAUUUUCAAUAAAGUUACGAUAAGGGGUUGUUGGUUCCAUAGCUCUCAAGCUCUGUGGAGAAAAGUUGGAGAAUUUGGUAAGCUUAUAAAUAUUUUUGAUGGUUCAAUAAGUAUAUAUUAA